CACGGGGGCCAAUCAGGGAGCGAAGCGGCGCCGGUGGGAGAUGAGCCAAUCGGGGGAGUCCGCGCGGGUGACGCGGGAAGGGCGCGGCCUGUGGUUGGUGGUCGGUGUGUGAAGCCGGGAAGGAGAGAGACGCUGCCAGGCUAGGACCCGGAUGCUCACGCUGUCUGCUCGCUGUUCUGCUACUCUGCCGUGGUGGCAGUGACCAAGUCCUGUCUCCCGGCUUAGGCCCCAGAGUGAUAGUCUGCAGAGGCUUCCACUAUCAGAGUAACCAGCACAAUUCUCCAAUCAGCCCAGCAGGAGCCGUAACCCCUAGUCAGAGCUGCCCAGGCCAGAGCGAUGGCACUAACGAGGCAAUGCCUCCUUUUAUGCCCAGUCCUGCCCUAGUCUGGUGCCGGGCUGUCCCUGAUACUCCCCUGUUCUCGGACCAGCACUCCCAGUACAAGAUGCCAGUGAUCUGUGCACACUCCCCGAGUGCCUCCACUGUGUGCCCUGGGGACCAGUAGUGACGAUGGUUCCUUUAGAGGACAAGCUGGCAUAAGGGACCCACCUGGGCGACCUUUAGGAAUCACACCCAUAUAUUCUCGUGCACACCUUAGAAGGGAUACCCAGCAAGCUGUAUGCCCAGUCACCUGCUGCCGCUACACCUUGUGACACGCCCUUGUAGCAGAACAUGGCAGCCGACAAUCUGUCCGAACUGGUGGAGGAACUGGACGGGGUGACCACAGAGCUGCAGGCCAUAGAGAUUCAGAUCCAGGAGCUACUGGAGAGACAGCAGGAACUCCUAGAGAAGAAACGCACUCUCACUAAGAGGAUACAAAGAGUGUCUGAGGACUCUGAGGCAGAAAGCAGCACCGGAUCCCAAUCUUCUACGGAGGACUGGAACAAACAAGAUUUCCCCUGGUCACAGAAGGUGAAGGAUGAGCUUCAAAAUUCCUUCCAGCUCGACACGUUCCGGAGCUUACAGCUGGAGACCAUAAAUGCCACGAUGGCUGGGAAAGACGUGUUCUUGGUUAUGCCGACCGGCGGUGGAAAGAGUUUGUGCUACCAGUUACCGGCUUUGUGCUCGAACGGGCUGACCCUGGUGAUCUGCCCGCUGGUUUCCCUGAUGGAGGAUCAGCUAAUGGUUCUAGAACGCCUGGGUAUCUCUGCCACCUGCCUGAAUGCUGCCAGCAGUAAGGAACACGUGAAGUGGGUGCACGGAGAAAUGAUCGAUAAACAGUCACAGCUUAAACUCCUCUACGUCACGCCAGAGAAGAUUGCGAAGAGCAAGCUGUUCAUGUCUCGGCUGGAGAAGGCGUACCAGGCCGGGCGGCUGUCGCGGAUUGCGGUGGACGAAGUACAUUGCUGCAGCCAGUGGGGGCACGACUUCCGUCCAGAUUACAAGUCGCUGGGCAUCUUAAAACGCCAAUUUCCCAAUUGCCCGAUGAUUGGUCUGACUGCUACGGCUACUGACCACGUUCUGAAGGAUGCCCUGAAAAUUCUGUGUGUCCAGAAGCCCCUGACAUUCACAGCAUCGUUCAACAGACCCAACCUGUUCUACGAGGUUCGACUCAAAUCUUCAAGCUCCAGUGAUUUCAUUGAAGACGUCGUUAAAUUAAUCAACAGCCGUUACAAGGGACAAUCCGGAAUUGUUUAUUGCUUUUCUCAGAAAGAUUCAGAACAAGUCACCAUAAAUCUACAGAAACUGGGGAUAAAAGCCGGUACAUACCACGCCAAUAUGGAAGCACGUGACAAGACCAAAGUCCACACGUGCUGGACUGAAAACCGGAUUCAGGUGGUGGUGGCCACUGUGGCGUUUGGCAUGGGAAUUGACAAGCCAGAUGUGCGGUUCGUCAUUCAUCACUCCAUGAGUAAAUCGAUGGAGAAUUAUUACCAGGAGAGCGGACGUGCAGGCCGCGACGACAAACACGCAGACUGUAUACUGUACUAUGGGUUCGGAGACAUCUUCAGGCUAAGCUCAAUGGUCGUUAUGGAGAACGUCGGACAGCAGAAGUUGUAUGAGAUGGUGAGGUACUGUCAGGACUUGACAAGGUGCAGACGUGUCCUCAUCGCUCAGCACUUUGAUGAAGUUUGGGACUCGACGCAGUGUAAUGAGAUGUGUGAUAACUGCAAGACUGACAGGACCUACGACAGAACCGAUAUCACGGAUUACGGCAGAGACAUUGUGAAAAUACUGGAACACGCUAAUCAAAUGGAUGAAAAACUGACUCCACUGAAACUGAUUGAUGCCUGGCUGGGUAAAGGUGCCUCCAAGCUCCGGGUCCCGGGUGUCCUGCCCCCUAAAUUUUCUCGCGAUGAAGUAGAAAGGGUUAUUGCUCAUCUGCUCCUACAGCAAUAUAUCAAGGAAGAUUUCAGCUUCACAGCUUAUGCCACUAUAUCUUAUGUGAAACAAGGACCCAAAGCCAACCUGCUCAAAAGCGACAAGCAUUCAAUAGCCAUCCAGAUGAGAACCACCAAAAAGGCCACAAACAAGGUAAAAUCUCCCACAAAGUCGGACACCAAAACACAAGACAAAAGUCCAUCAAACUCCGCCAAGUCCCCAAUAAAAGGAACCGCAAAACACAAGCGGCCGGAUGUAAAGAUCGGCAGCCCUGAAGCAAAGAAAAGCCGGAUCCCCCACAAUGAUUCCAUCGUCAUAAACUGAGGACCGCUGCAAACUGAGCCGGUCAUAGGCUGAGGACCGCUGCACACUGAAGCCUUUGUUAUAGACUGAGGACCGCUGCAAACUGAAGCCUUUGUUAUAGACUGAGGACCGCUGCAAACUGAAGCCUUUGUUAUAGACUGAGGACCGCUGCAAACUGAAGCCACUGUCAUAGACUGAGGACCGCUGCACACUGAAGCCUUUGUUAUAGACUGAGGACCGCUGCAAACUGAAGCCGCUGUCAUAGACUGAGGACCGCUGCAAACUGAAGCCGCUGUCAUAGACUGAGGACCGCUGCAAACUGAAGCCGCUGUCAUAGACUGAGGACCGCUGCAAACUGAAGCCGCUGUCAUAAACUGAGGACCGCUGCAAACUGAAGCCGCUGUCAUAGACUGAGGACCGCUGCACACUGAAGCCGCUGUCAUAGACUGAGGACCGCUGCACACUGAAGCCGCUGUCAUAGACUGAGGACCGCUGCACACUGAAGCCGCUGUCAUAGACUGAGGACCGCUGCACACUGAAGCCGCUGUCAUAGACUGAGGACCGCUGCACACUGAAGCCGCUGUCAUAGACUGAGGACCGCUGCACACUGAAGCCGCUGUCAUAGACUGAGGACCGCUGCACACUGAAGCCGCUGUCCUAGACUGAAGACCGCUGCAAACUGAAGCUGUUGUCUUAGGACUUCGGAAAUGUCAAAUAGCAAACUAUAUGAUCACGGUCAAUAUAUUUUCAGUUCUGUAAUUUAUUACUAAGACGAUAAAUGUUUUGUUUUGCAGCCACUC